GCUUCUUCCUCCCCCCUCUCUCUCUCUCUCUUGUUAACAUCUCUCUCUCUCUCUCUCUCCCCAACCCAUUAAUCCGAUCUGACUCUCUCCUCAAGCCCCAUUGGAGAGUUUGUGGAUUCUCGGAAACCCUAAUUUACUGAACUCGAAGAACUCGAAACAGAAAGUCAAAUCCUGUAAGCGUGUCGGAUCGUGCUUUGAGAGUGUUGCAGGGGCAUUUUCCCUGUCUGGGAUGGGAAUGCCCUUGCCCCGACCAAGAACUAGACGACUAGCAAGAAGAUGAGCCCACGAAACGACGUCGCCCAAUUCGACGAAGAAGAAGGUAACGAGUGUUUCUACGAGUCUCUCGACCGCGUCCUCUCCUCGUGCUCCUGCUCCACUUCAAACUCCGACUACGACUCCGACCCUGGCAUUUCGGAUUCGGCCCAUGAUCCGAACCCCUUUCCCGUUCCCAAGUUCCCUAUGGGCCCUCCUGGGUUCGAACUGUGGAAAUCCGAACCGGAAUCUGUGUCGGAGAGGCGAAGCAAGCUCUUGCGCGAAAUGGGUCUUAGCAACGACCCGGAUCUCCCACCGGCGACCCAGUUUCGGCCCGGAAGCCGAAGAAGGGAAAUGGGUAGUGCCCAUUUUUCCCGAUCGGUUUCAUCUGAUGGUUUGACCCGAAAGCAUCACCGGGAAAGUUUCGCCUGCGGAAACGGCAGUGUGUCUUCUGGUCCAUCAUGCUCUGUCCGGCUGAGAUCACACGGUGCAGCGACCGACAAUGUGGAUCAUGAUCAGCUCCAACUGCGUAAUGUUUCUUCGUGUUCUUGUUCUUCAUCAACGCAUUCUGUUUGUUCUUCUGUAAAUACGCACAACGAUAAAGCCAUUUGUUCCAAUGUGGAUAGUGGUGGGAAGCCGUGUACACGAAGCAACUGUAACCGUUUGUCUGUUUGUGGUGCUGAUUUUCCAAGUAAACGGCCGGUGAAAUGCCCUUUUAGGGACACUGGAGAGAAACCGAGGUUAAGUAGUAGUUUAAGCUGUAACUCAUCUCAUGCAAACGGCACAGAUGUUGGUCUGGAGGAGCAAAUGUGCACAAUCAGGAAUCUAGAUACCGGUAAAGAGUUUGUGGUGAAUGAGGUUCGGGAAGAUGGGAUGUUGGAGAAGUUGAAGGAGGUUGGUACUGGUCGGCAAUUGACUCUGGAGGAGUUUGAAAUGUGUGUCGGGACGUCCCCAAUUGUCCUUGAGUUGAUGAGGAGGCAAAAUGUGGAAGACGUUAGUAAAGAUAUAAGGGAAUUGAACACAGACAGUAAUGGAAAUAGAGUGACUAAGCACAGACGAAGAGGUAGUUGGUUAAAGAGUAUAAAGAGUGUUGCUAGUAACAUGACUGGGUACAAAGAGAGACCAAGCACAGAUGACAGAGAUUCCUUGUCAGAAAGAGGUCAGAGGUUUAGCUCUGCAACUGAUGAUAGCCGCGAUAUGUCCUUUCAUGAACCAGAGAGAGUUAAGGUCAGGCAGUAUGGAAAGUCGUGUAAAGAGCUCACAGCACUUUUCAAGAGCCAAGACAUUCAGGCCCAUAAAGGGUCAAUUUGGAGUAUUAAGUUCAGUCUGGAUGGCAGAUAUCUUGCAAGUGCUGGUGAGGAUCGGGUGAUUCAUGUUUGGCAGGUUAUCGAAUCAGAAAGGAAGGGAGAACUUUUGUCAAUGGACAAACCAGAGGAUGGGAGCAUAAAUUUGUUCCUUUUGGCAAAUGGGUCACCAGAACCUGCGCUAGUAUCGCCGAGGAGAAGAGGGAGAACAUCUUUCAGCCGCAAAUCAGUGAGCUUGGACAAUACCGUGGUUCCAGAGACAGUUUUUGGUCUUUCAGAUAAACCAGUCUGUUCAUUUGUAGGGCAUCUGGAUGAUGUGCUUGACUUGUCAUGGUCCAAAUCUCAGCGCCUUCUUUCCUCUUCAAUGGACAAGACAGUUCGCUUGUGGGAUUUAUCCAGCAAGACAUGUUUGAAAGUCUUCUCACAUAGUGAUUAUGUGACUUGCAUCCAGUUUAAUCCCAUGGAUGAAAGUUACUUCAUCAGUGGAUCCUUGGAUGCGAAAGUUCGGAUAUGGAGCAUUCCCGAUCAUCAGGUUGUUGAUUGGAACGAUCUGCACGAGAUGGUUACCGCUGCCUGCUAUACACCUGACGGGCUGGGUGCAUUGGUUGGUUCAUACAAGGGUACUUGCUGCUUGUACAACACCUCGGAUAACAAGCUGCAGACGAAGAGCGAAAUCAAUCUACAAAACAGGAAAAAGAAAGCCAAUCACAAGAAAAUCACUGGUUUUCAGUUUGUGCCCGGUAGUUCAUCUGAAGUGCUCAUCACAUCUGCGGAUUCACGCACACGUGUUGUUGAUGGCGUUGAUCUUGUUCACAAGUUUAAAGGGUUCCGAAACACAAAUAGCCAAAUCUCGGCAUCUCUCACGUCAGACGGCAAAUACUUGGUAUCCGCGAGCGAGGACUCUCAAGUAUACGUAUGGAAUUACUACGACUCAGAUUCCCGAACUGGCAGAAGCAAACGGGUCACAGUCACAAACUCAUUCGAACAUUUCUACUGUCAAGACGUGUCAGUUGCUGUACCAUGGCCCGGCAAGAGCACAACCCGAAUCAGCAGCCCGCCCGAUGAGUCGCCCUUCACGGCUAAUAACCCUCCAACCCCAGUGGAGGAGCCACCAUGGCUCGAGACCAACAAGACCGUCAUCACCAAUGGUAUCAUAUCAAGCGCAACUAACCGCUACUUCUUGGAGAACCUCCUGGUGGCGGCAGCCAAGACCCGAGCUCACAGCCCGAGAGUCAGCGUCGAUAUGUCCAAUGGUUACGGACCGCAGAAUCCGAGCCAGUGUGCUUCGGCUUGGUCGAUGGUGAUCGUUACGGGCGGCUUACGUGGCGAAAUCAGAGCUUUCCAGAACUUUGGAUUGCCUGUUCGUCUCUAAUGGAGGUGGAGGGCUCCAAGCAACAACCAAAAAAAAAAGCUCAGUGCCAUUCGCCCUUUUGUCAAAGUGUAUAGAUUUGACAUUGGUUUAGGUGACGUUGCCAAGCUUUUAAGCCUUUUUUUUAUUAUCCGU